UAUUCAAUUUUCUUCUCAGAAAACAAUACCAACCAAGCAGGAUAUAAACCCUUCUCUCUCAUUGUAGCAUCAACCGACAGUCAAGUCUUUCUCACUAAUAUCUCAUCCAAGAGCAAAUAAAACCCAUCAUCUCUCUGAGUCUCUCUAUAUCUUUCUUUCUUUCUUUGUUUCUCUGCUACACGACAUGGCUCCAAAGAAGAAUGAUGGAGCGACAAAAAGAAUUAUGAACAAAGGCGCAUGGACAGCAGAGGAAGAUAGAAAACUUGCAGAAUACAUUGAGAUUCAUGGUGCAAAGAGAUGGAAGACAGUGGCUUCCAUAGCAGGUUUGAAUCGAUGUGGGAAGAGUUGCAGAUUGAGAUGGUUGAAUUAUUUGAGACCCAACAUUAAGAGAGGCAACAUUUCUGAUGAUGAAGAGGACUUGAUACUCAGGCUUCACAAGCUACUAGGAAACAGGUGGUCUUUGAUUGCCGGAAGGCUUCCUGGGCGAACAGACAACGAAAUAAAGAACUAUUGGAAUUCUCAUUUGAGCAAAAAAAUCAAUCACAAGGAGAAAACACUGCAGAAUUCAAGAGCUCAAGAGACUGCUACACCUUCCCAGAAAGACAGUGGUACUGAGGGGGACGAAGAAGAAGGAGGAGGAAAAGAAAGUGUGAACAAUUCGGAUGUUAAUUUCGAUGUAAAUGAGUUCUUCGACUUCUCUGCUGAAGGCUCCUAUGGGCUGGAGUGGGUGAGCAAGUUUCUUGAGCUUGAUGAAGACACCAUGAAUUACAAAGAAAAGGUCAGCAAUAUUAUGUAGUUAGUAUUAUGUGUAGGCUCUAGUUUUUCUCUCAUAAUUGAGAAAUGUAAGAAAGAAAGAAAAAUAAAAAUUGGUGUACGAUGAAAGUGUGAAUCUUCUGUACAAUUUAAAUAAAAAUUGCCCAGUCUCUUGAAUA